AUGGAUCUCCUGUGGAGAAAGCACAAAUUUCCAAGUCGCAGAUGUCGACGAGCUCUAUCAACGGCGUCGGUAUGUCAUCAUGUUAUUAAACUAGCACGAUCAAAAAGUAGACCGACGAAUUCAACAGCCAACAGCAACAACAAAGUUGACUUUACCGGUAUCCGCGUCUAUGUAGAUGAUAGAAACCUCCCCGACUCUGCCUUCCGAACCAUUGCUCCUGGCGAGAUCGUUGAGGUUCAGUGGGACACCGCUCAAGUGCACGACCUUAGCAGCGGUGGCGACUUCGAGUUCUCUAGCGCUGGAUCGCUCCGAUACGCCGAGGAGGGCAGCAACGAAAUCACUGGUCAGGUCGUUUACGACUCUGGCGUGAUUCAUGCCAGCGUCGACGGAGCCCAGGCCGCUUCUGUUCACGCCGCCUUCCACCAGGCCAUUACGGAGAAGCGCGUGACUCUCAAGAGCGACUGCAACUCAUCCCAAAAGAAGAUCGUCACAAGCGCCCUCUCUAAAGGCAAGAGCUACGCUACGGCUGCGCAGUCGGCGGCCAAGGCUGGAACCCGCCUGGAGCAAUACUUCAGGUCGUCUUCGUCGAGCACCAAGAACACCGUUUCCAGUGUCUUUGGAAAGGUCGCAAACGUCCUCGGCAGCACGACGAGCGGCGCCAACUUGUACUGCAGUGAUGUAGGCAACUUCUGCAGCGGCGGUGUUGCCGCCUAUUGCCAGCCCGGCACCAAUGGAUACAUCGUCGUCUGCGACGGCUGGUUCACGUUCCCUAGCAGCAGCAGCGGCUGCCGUUCGACAGACCAGGCUCAGGUUCUGAUCCACGAAGCUACUCACUUGAGCGAGGUCGCUGGAACUGACGAUGUUUGCUACGGCUAUGAAGGCUGUGUGAACAAGAUCAGCACUGCGCAGUCGCUGAACAAUGCUGAUUCCUUCGCUAUUUAUGCCAACGGAAUCAAGUCCAACUGCUAA